AUGGGGGGCAUGGGAUACUUAGAAGGAGGAGCGAGAGGAGAAAGAGGAGCGGGUCGAGAAGCAGGGGUUGCAGACGGCGAAAUAGGGGCACUUAGGGCAGAAAGAGCUAGUACUGCUGGUACCUUCUCUGCCGGCCCUACUGGUACCUCUCGUGUCAACCCUAUCCGUGCCCCUACUGGCGCUGCUGUCACUGCUGGUGUUGCUGGCGCUCCUGUUGAACGUGAAGUCUUGAACGUGAAGUCAUUCGCCAAUAACAACCAGCUGGCCAUAAUGCCGGACGAGCGAGUGCAGGUGCUGGAGUGGAACUGCCGCUACCUCACAGUGCUCGCAGUGGCCAACAAACGCCUCUACCAGCUGCGCCUGCAGGUGCCCGAGAGGCUCCUGGAUUCUGAACGGCCUGUGCUGCGGCAAGUCAUGGACUCUUUCCGCGUGUUCAGCGUUGCGGAGUAG